AUGCAGAUCGAUGUUGCAAAAUACAGCAAAGUGAUCUCCCCAAAGGACACCAGGCAUAAUGAAGAGAGAGAGGAGAAGUUGCUUGAGAGGUGUCCUCCUGGCCAUGAGGGCACAAAGUUGGUGGAGAUACCCAUGACAAUUCUUGAUGCAUCCAGUGCCAUCAUCGCAUGGUAUGUCCCAGAUGCCCUGACCGAUGCCACCCAGAAUCAGUCAGAUCUGGAGGUAUCUGCAUCAUUGAAGGGGGCAUCCUCCAAGAAGAUCCUCAAAGCAAUUGUGAGGCCAGCAGCCAUUGCAACAGCAGCACUCAGGGUGAUGCAUCCUGAGCAGUACUGGGCAGGUUUGCAAGGCUUUUCAAGCUUCGGAGAAAAGGCAGAAAGCAAGGAACUGCAGAAGAUGUCAGAGACUCUCCAGUACUGGGCAUCCAUGUUUAACAGCCUGUCCAUCAUUUCCAAUCGGGAAACCCCCAAUCAUCGAGACCAUUUAUCUAUUCCUGAAUGCUUCGACAUUCUCACUACCAUGGGGAAUUAUUCUAAUGCUCAGAUGAGCAUGCCAAGCCUUCAGCUGGAGUUCAGGAUUGUGAGACAUGGGGUUCAUGCAGUGGAAGGAGAUCAGAUUGCUUGGGCAUGGUAUAUAAGGGAUUCCAUUCAUGUUUAUGCCAGGGUUCUGUUGUGUGGAUGGGCUAGGGUGGAUUACAAACAGUGA